UGCGCGGGUGGGAGGGACUGGUCGGCAGCGGGGCGGCGGGGAAGCGGAGCCUGGGGACGGGUGUCGGCGGCAGGGCUCCUGAGGGAAGGGCGUCACGAUGAACACCGUGCUGUCGCGCGCCAACUCGCUCUUCGCCUUCUCGCUGAGCGUGAUGGCGGCGCUCACCUUCGGCUGCUUCAUCACCACCGCCUUCAAAGACCGGAGCGUCCCGGUGCGGCUGCACGUCUCGCGGAUCAUGCUAAAAAAUGUAGAAGACUUCACUGGCCCUCGAGAAAGAAGCGACCUGGGGUUCAUCACGUUUGAUAUAACUGCUGAUCUAGAGAAUAUAUUUGAUUGGAAUGUUAAGCAGUUAUUUCUCUAUUUGUCAGCAGAGUAUUCAACAAAAAAUAAUGCCUUGAACCAAGUCGUCCUUUGGGACAAGAUCGUUUUGAGAGGUGAUAAUCCGAAGCUGCUUUUGAAAGACAUGAAGACAAAGUAUUUUUUCUUUGAUGAUGGAAAUGGCCUCAAGGGCAACAGGAAUGUUACAUUGACGCUCUCUUGGAAUGUUGUACCAAAUGCUGGGAUUCUCCCUCUCGUGACAGGAUCAGGACAUGUAUCUGUCCCAUUUCCAGAUACCUAUGAAAUAACGAAGAGUUACUAAAUUAUUGUGAAUUUGAAGCAUAUUUUUAUACAUGAUGAAUUACAUCUCAUAUCUUUCCUGUGUCUUCAUUUGUUUUGGUUAUAGUUUUCUUUUUCUUUCGGUUUUGGGAUAAGAACGACUAACGUCAAAAGACAGAGAUGAAGUGAAAGGUUCUGGGUUGCUUAAGCUUAGCUUUGCUGACAAAGUGAAGACCGCCAGAGAGGAGUAGUUAAGAAUGGGACAGCUGCAGAGGAAGACCCAUGUAAGCAGGGUUGAAUAUUUCUUUUAUUUGCAUUGUCUUAUGGAAUAUAAAAUGAGCAUAAAGGGCUGUUAAACUCCCAGGUGUCUACAGAGUUAGAAGAUUUCUUAAUUAUUUGUUUUGUGUUCGUGCAAGUUGACAAUGACUGUGACUUACACCUGAACACUCUCUUUUAUCUUUUAGCGUAAGUUAGAUUAUUGGGAACAUUAAUGUGGCUCUUGGAAGUCUGGUUUACAAAAGAGCACAGUGGUAAAAUUGUAUUCCAUUUGUUUUAGAAAUACCCAUAAUGCUUGUCUUCCUUAGGUUACUAGCAGCUUUUUUCAAACGAAGACCAAGAACCUCUUUGUAUGCUGUAAAAUCUUGCAAGCUCAUUUUAAAAUCUUAACUCAACCAUAAUGUGUGUCUUUUAGUGCUUCCAGAAUGUUCCUUUGUAUAUCUCUAUAAAUUUUAAGCUUUGCUAUUGAUUGAAAGCUGAAAAUGUUUGCAUGGUUUGCCUCCUGAACUGGAUUUGUCCCACUGAACGUGCUGCUGUAAUUAGCUCCAUAUUUUGACAGUUGGAAUUGUAAGAAUUCUUGUGAUGUGCUUUUCCAUCUACAGAAUUUGCUUGUGUUUGAGUGUUGUCUUGAGUAGUCCUAAUGAGGUGGACGCUGCAAAUGUUAGCUCUCUGCAGGGGAAGAAACUGAAACCCAGAAAUCUACUGACUUGCACCCAAAUUGAAUAGCAAGUAGUGGAGUUCUCUUAUACCUCAGUUUGCACAGCAAUCCCACUCACCUAAUACUAUGAUGGUUUUUGUUAUUUCCCAUUCCUUCUGGAAGUGAUGGAGUAUGAAACUAGUUUUCCAAUCGCCAGCAACACACACGGUGAUACUUUUUCUGUGCAUAUUCAUUUUUACACACAGUAAUGUUUUUGUCUGUGACUAUUCAUUUUUAUCCAAACUAAAACUACCUAGGUUUAUAAAAUAAUUUAGAGAUUAAAUACAUUAUAUAUAACUAACUAUAUAAUUAUAUUUGACAUGAAAUAUUUUUUUGCGGCCAUCAGCGCCCUCAGUUACCAGUUGCAGAUUGGCUACUCUUAAUCCAAGAACAGGCAGUGUAGGUACAUGCAAGCAGUAACCCAAAACGGGCUGUUUUCUAGCACUAGCAUAAAUUGACUAGUGUUUUUUCUGUUUACCUCAUUUGAAGUGUAUCGUUGCUUGGUGAUACUCGUUUUAGCAGCUCUUGUGUGUGGUGGUGCAGUUCUUACAAACGCAUGUGCAUGAGGUUUUCAAAUCAGAAAGGUCAAAGGUACAGCCUGAGUUUGGCACUAGCAGUUUCAUUAAACAUUUCAGGCUGUCUGUUUCCUUGUCUAUAAAAAGGAUUCUUUACUGCGAUACACAUCUGAAGUGUUUGCUGUUCAGCAGCUCAUGAACAGGAAAUCACGUUAGUCAUCUGAAGUCAGGGAGGUGAUGGAGAGAUUAUCACAUAGUUCAUAGUGGUCCGAGCUUCUGUUACAUUUUAGACCUAUAAAGUUGAGCUUUAUACAUUGAACAUAUACUAGCUGUGGAAAAUCUGCAAGCAUCAAAGCUUAGAAUAUGUGGGUGUGUCCUGGUUAAGGAAGCCAUGAACAAGCCUGUAGAUUAAAGCCCGACCUCUGUUCUACUAGUAGUUCACUACGUUCCGUGAUGAGUGGAUCUGUUAGUCCAGCACAGACUAGAACUGAAGAUGUCUAGAGUUACUGUUCAUUUGAACAGCCCAAUUUUAGGAGUUUGGUAAGGAAAGCACAGCUUGUAAAUGUGACUAAGGAGCUGCCCCGGAUAUUGCUGACCCAGUGCACCUCUAGCCCUGUUUCUCAGGAACUCAGUUUGGUGUUGCACAGCGUUACUAGUUUGUGGUAGUUCCGACCUUACAUACUCUGUGUGUUUGAGCAUCUCUAGUCUCUAUUUCAGAGAAGUCUCGUCAGGUCUCGAAGAGACUUGGUGCUUCAGAUUUUAACAAGCCAAGGUAAUCUAUGGAUAGAGUCUGAGCCCAUAGCUGAUUCUUGGAAAAGGGGAUAAUUGCAAGCUACUUAGUAGGGUGAUUGCGGUUAGAAAUGGGUAAAAUGUAGCACUCAGCGUAUCGCUUCAGGCUCACCUAGAAACAGCUUCCUCUGGAGCUGUAGGACCAUGCAUUGCAUUUGCUGUCCUUAUGCCGAAAGGAAAAUUGCAACAUCAGAAACUGUUAAAAAUGUAAUAGGAGCAUUGGUUGGUUUGAAUGUCUUUUCUGAUAAUUAUCUUACAGUUCGUCAACGGUCUGGCUAGUCAGUUCUUCGUGUGAAGAAAUGGACUUUAAGGAUCUAAAGUUUUGGAUGGGGGCUGGUACAGGUUAGUGGAGGUUUUGCUUUGUUAUACUUUGAAUUAACAUGUAAUAGGUCUACAGAGGAGACCUUGUAGCUGUGACCUUUGAUUGUAAGCAAACAUCUGUCUAUUUCAAAAGUUUCCCUCGCUUUCAGUAGCAGGCCUGUGUACUUUACCAUGAGACUGCCAAUGGUUCAGAGAUGUAUGUUUCAAAAAAAGUUAUUCCAUAGUUUUUUAUGCAAUUUGGGAAAUUGUUUACUUAAAAAAAUAAAUUCACAAGAAAAUAUUCCAUAAAAAUGCUGAAUAUAUAUGUGAAGAUUUUCUUAAUUACAAUAAAUAUUCAACAUUUUUUAAAUAAAAUGAGUUCUUUUCUGAGUAAAAGUAUGUAUUUUAAAGCUGUCCAUAUAUGUGCAUUGGGAAGCUGCUAAACUGAAAGUAAACCCAGUUGUAGUGAACAUCAGGUUUUAGGAAGGAGUGCACAGCCGGACUUUGGAGGCUCAUUACACUCAGGAUGUGCUGGAGGCUGUGUGCCCCUGUGCUAGACUGUAAGUCCUUUGAGCGCUGCUGUCAGAUCUGCCCUUGUAUCCUGCCCAGCACCCAGCACAGUGUCUGGCAAAUGAUAGGCAGAGCCCAAUCAAUAUUGGUGGCAUAGUGCUUGUGUCUGAUCUAGCCUCAGGAACUGUCUUAUUCAUUGUCCCCUUUCUGAAUGCUGCUUUUUUGAUUUUCUCUCUCCUGGUUUCUCUUCCUGUGUCUUCAAACUCAGUUACACUGUCCAGUGAGGUACCUGGUGGUGUUGCCCCAGGUUCUGUCACUGCUCUCUCCCGGGUUUUCACAGUGAGAGAACUGAGUGGCCGUGACAAGAAGAGCCAAGGAAGCAGUACAAAACCUUAACAGACGGAAGCAAAAUACUCAAACUGCUUCUUAAGUAUAGCUCUGAAGAGGUGAAGCUCACUGCACAGCUGUUUGAAAGCCAGGUGUAUGUCGUGACCUUUGCUUGGGCAUUAGCUCUGGCUUCGUCCAGUCGACAGCACUGAACCUACUGAAGUGUGGAAAUUCUCCAUUUUUUAUCUCAAGAGAAAAGUUUCGCCGGGCGGUGGUGGCGCACGCCUUUAAUCCCAGCACUCGGGAGGCAGAGGCAGGCGGAUCUCUGUGAGUUCGAGACCAGCCUGGUCUACAAGAGCUAGUUGCAGGACAGGCUCCAAAACCACAGAGAAACCCUGACUCAAAAAAAAAAAGAGAGAAGAGUUUCUCAGAAGGAACCCGUAUCAGCAAACUUAGACAAAAUUGUUCCAUCAAAAUAAAAUCAAUGAGCUUAUUGUCUUCCAUUGGGUAAUAAGAGGUUUGGGACUGGGUUUCUAUCCUUCCCCAGGAGCAUCCCCCCUCGUGCUCGAACAUUCUUUGCUCCUUAGAAGUUUUGCUUCACACUUUUGUCCUCUUACUUUUUCCCUGGAAAAGAGUAAAAGCAAAACCUCGGCUUCCGGUACCCUUGCCUGAUGUGUACUGAUCCCCUUCAGUACUUCGGUAUGAAUAUAUGCAGACACCACGUUUGAAGGAGCCCUCAAGCCUCUCCCUGCGCCUUUCACUUAUCUGUGGGUACUUGGAGGUCGGCGUUUUGGAGUUGGCAAAAAAAGUGCCGAUUAAAAUUAAACAUUUGAGACAGAAAAUACAGUUCAUGCGUGUGCCUCAUCCACAUUCCCUCUUGUGGGCCUGGAAUGGCUACAGCUUUCCUAGCUAGUGACUUAAUACAAAGAAUGGGAAGGGACUCACUGUAGUGACGAGAGGACUCGGGUGCAGUGCGGAUCUGGAAUAGCUUGAGCUUGGUGGGAACUGGAUCCCCAGGACUCUUCCCAAUGGGUGUCUGCUAGGUUAGAGAAGCAGGAGAGGCUUCAGUGGCUGCUACUGCCUUCUAGACACAACCCAGAAAUGCCAUCAGAUGGUUGCUGUCUGGUCAAUGUUGGAAAGCCCAGUUAAGCACCGAGCUAACCCAAAGCUCCAUAUAAGGUAACAAAAUUUCUCUAGCUUAAGUGAAUUGACUUUUACUCAUGUGUAGCUGUUGUGGUUGUUAAAGAAUCCUUGAGCAAGGUGUGAUGGAAGGGCUCAUGCCUUAUAGUUUUGGGGACUGUCGCCUAAGGAUUUAACGUUCUUUCACCCCAUGGAUUUGAAUUAAUUGGGUAAGGGUUCAAAAAUAAGAAAAAAAAUUCCCCUGCUCUAGUGUUAUACCAUCAACAUGUUCUAGGGGUAAAUGGAUUCCACCGCCCAGUAUUGAUGCAAGGGGCAUGUGGGAAACAGUUUUCAGCUGGGCAACUGCUUCUCGGAAGCACACUUGUAAGAAGCCAAACUUUUGCUCAGUGCAGUUGUUCUCAACCUUCCUAAUGUUGCGACCCCUUAAUACAGUUCCAGAUGUUGUGACCCCAGCCAUAACAUUUUCAUUGCCACUCCAGAACUAAAUUUGCUACUGUUAUGAAUUGUAAAUAUCUGUGUUUUCUGAUGGUCUUAGGUGACGUCUGUGGAAGGGUUGCAACCCACAGGUUGAGGCCACUAGCAUACCUAAUUAUGCUGCCACUUGGUGUUCACCAGCUGGAACCAGCAAGAACCAGUUGUCAGGAGUAUGUUUGUUUUGUUUUUAAUUUGGAUGUGUGCGCACAUUUGGUGUGUGAUGUCCAAACAUUAAGGAUUGAUCUGAUGGCGACUGACCUGAGCUUUGUAGCUUAUUCCUACACUCAGAGACGGAAAAGAAAAUAUGGUUUUUGUUUGUUUGUUUUUGUUUCAUUGUAGCACUUUAGUUUGGCUCUGCCCAGUUUACGUUUCGACCCUCUAUGUUUGGUGCUCUUUAUAUAACUUGAUGCAGUUUAAAUAUAUAAAAGACACUUUGCUGAAGUCUGCUCAAGUUGUUUGACAGCUUACAUGCGUAAUUGUUGAUGGUGUCUGGGCUUGGAAGAAGUAGGAGUGUGACUUAGCUCUGUGUAGGUAAUCUGCACUCCCAAGAACAUACUAGCACUUUUUUUUUUUUUUUUUUUUGGUUUUUCGAGACAGGGUUUAAGAAGUGUAAGAUUAGCUUCCUGGAGCACAGCACAGGAACACAUACCUUCCUCACUGUUGAUUUCCUUGCUAGUCUCAAACCCAGCAAAUGUUUUGCCGAAUCAUGACUUUGUUAUUUUAUAGCCUUUGUGUUUGCAUGCUUGCAAAUGAAUACCUAUAUACAUGUGUAUACAUAAAGCCCUUACUGGUUAGCAGUUUUCUGUAUGGAGACUUGGUUUCUUUGUUUUCUUUUAGGAUAUUUAAAUACUUAUUGCUGUGUGAUUUAAUAAAAGGCAAGGAAAUGAAA